UUCUUCAUGUAACCAAAGCAAAGCAAGACGCCACACCACACCACACGACUUCAACCCCUAUCAGAUUCCACACUUGAGCUAAAGUUUUCCCCUCAUAAAUCAUUUCAUUUAUACCCCUCCCAAAAACCCAUUUCCCCCACACGUCGCCGGAAAGUUGACUCCAUGGAUGUUGACUUUUGGUCUUCGAGGGUUCACUCCGCCAAGCAUUUCUCUGCUCCUCCCCACGCUUCCAGGCUUCACUCUGAUCGAAACUCGGCCUUAGAUGACGCCGAAGAUGAAGACCCAAAACCUUGUUUUCCAUGCCCUUUCUGUUAUGUGGAUAUAGAAGUUACUGCUCUCUGCAUCCACUUGCAGGAAGAACAUUGCUUUGACUUAAAAAAUGCAGUUUGCCCUCUAUGUGCAGCAAAUCUGGGGAAAGAUGUAACUGGACAUUUUAUGGUUCAGCAUGCAAGUUCCUUAAAGCACAGAAGAAAAUCUCAAAAGUCUGGCUUCUGGACUAGUGGUUCAGCAAUGCUCGGAAAGGAGCUGCGUAGAAGGGGAAGGGAAGACACAUAUGAAUCUGCGCCUGAUCCGCUACUCUCGCCAUUUAUCUGCACCUUAUAUGUCGUUGAACCUAAAGGCGUUCAGCAAGAUGAAUGUUCAGUCACCGAUGCCCCGGUCACUUGUGAUGCAAAAAGCUCCGAGCCAUCUUCGCGUUGCAAAAAGGAAAACGAAGAGAAAAGGCAGAGGGCAACAUUUGUGCAAGAGUUGAUUGCCUCAACCAUAUUUUGAGAUCUUCUUUGGCGCUUUAGGAUUCUCAAAAUGCAGCCACGGAUGAUGCCGUCUCAGCGGGUGUUUAAUGUCAGCGGUUGUGUUUUGAGAAAGUUAUAUAUAAUAGAUUAUAUACUAGGUACUUUAGAAGAAGAGUUGUCUUUGAAUCUUUGAGCAAGGGCAAUUUGUAUUUAUUCCAUGUCUACAAAUAUAUAUAUUUAUAUGUAUCUACAUCCAUGUCAGUAGCUUAUUUCAAAGCUGCUUUCUAUAAUCAGCAGAGUGAUAUUCGAAAAUUAACUACACAGGUGUGUACUC